CAGAUACACCGGCCCAACUGCUGUACCGUAGUUGGGAUAGAUGCGAUAAUUGGGCGUAAUACAGGUUAUUUACUAGCACUACAACCACAACUCGAGCAACCUAACCUGUGACGUUCAUUUCAUUCCAUGGCGCUGUCGGGAUUCAGAUGCAAUAAGACAGGAUGCCAAUUCAAGCUCCACAGUGGACAGAGUUUCUUUCAUGUCCUGUUUGCUACAAUGAGUUUGAUGAGAAUGUACGCCGGCCCAUUAGUCUUGGAUGUGGGCAUACAGUUUGCAAGAUGUGCCUUGGGAAAUUUCACCGUAAGCAAUGUCCAUUUGACCAGACAGAAAUCACACGUGAUAUUGAUGAGUUACCAGCUAACUAUGCCUUGCUGCAACUAGUUGGUGCUGAGCUUGGUGGAGAGCAUGAAGAAAGGUUGCCUCGGUCCAUUGUGAAUGGAUACUUGAGACAUUAUGCUGCUGCUAAGAGCUGUGUAGAAGAUUUGGCAUGGUAUCUCAAACCCUUAGGAAAAGCUGCCAGUGCCAGCAGUGCCAGUGGUUCUGGUGGCUGCAUCUUAAGUAAACCGAUGCAGCGCAAGUUGGUUGCACUGGUAAAUUGUCAGUUAGUGGAGGACGAGGGUCGAUCACGAGCUAUGCGUGCUGCAAGGUCAUUAGGUGAGCGUGCAGUAACUGAGCUUAUUUUACAACAUCAGAACCAGCAACAGCUGUCUGCCAAUCUCUGGGCUGCAGUCCGUUCCAGAGGAUGUCAGUUUCUUGGGCCAGCAAUGCAAGAAGAGACCUUAAAGCUGGUGCUGUUGGCUUUGGAGGAUGGAGCUGCUCUGUCUCGCAAGGUGCUUGUCAUGUUUGUUGUUCAGAAACUGGAGCAGCAGUUUCCCCAAGCUUCGAAGACCAGCGUAGGCCAUGUUGUUCAGUUGCUGUAUCGAGCCUCUUGCUUCAUUGUCACAAAACGAGAUGAGGAAUCAUCCCUCAUGCAACUCAAAGAUGAGUUUCGCAACUAUGAUGCUCUACGUAGAGAACAUGAUGCUCAGAUUGUGCACAUAGCAAUGGAAGCAGGUCUGCGAAUUUCCCCAGAACAGUGGUCUUCACUGCUUUAUGGAGAUCUGAAUCACAAGUCACACAUGCAAUCCAUCAUUGACAAGCUUCAGACACCGGCAUCAUUUACUGCAAGUAUACAAGAGCUUACCAUUGCGUUACAGCGUUCAGGAGAUCCAGGCCGUUUGAGCAAGCUGACUACCUAUCUAGAUCAGUUAGCUACAAUAGACCCUAAUCCAGAUGCUGGCAGUCCUAGUUGGAGUGAACUAGAGAAUGCUAUGGUGGCAGUGAAGACAGUUGUUAAAGGCUUGGUGGAUUUUGUACAGAAUCACAACCUUAACAAGAAAGUACUGGAACAGCAGACACAAAAUAUCAAAUACAAGACAAGUAUGUGUAGAGAUAUUACUCAGAAGAGGGGCUGUCCUCGGGGAAGCAACUGCACCUUUGCACAUUCUGAGGAGGAAUUAGAAAGGUUUCGGGCUAAAAGUCGACGAAUGCUGUCUGCUUUAAACCGUCAGAUCAGCUCCCAAAGUAAAGCUUCAGAGGGAGCCAAAACAACAAAACUGAUUUCAAAGGGAGUCAGUGAAGAUAGAUUAACCAAAGAAGAUCGCCAUAACUUAAUGGAACUUCAACAACAGGUUGCAUUACAAAACAAAAGGGAUAAAGUUGAUCAACUGUCACAAAGCAACAUGCAAGCAGUUUCUGGCAACCUGAUGUCAGCAUACAGGGAUUACAGAGAUGAGAUGUCCGAAUUAAUCGAGUCAAGCACUGACGUAGAGAGACAUCCAAAUGAUGGUGAAGGACGUCAUAAUGUGGAUGGGCAGAAUGCAAGCAAAUUUGCACCUCAUUGCUUGGUUGGCAAGCCUGAACAUCAUCCAGUCAAACAACUAGCUUCAGCAGCCUCUCAUGCUGAGCAAGCACAUCUGAACAUUCACUCAAAGCGUCAGGUAUCGCCUGCAAAACCUUCAGGAAUAAGUGAUGUAUACAAAGAGCAAGGCAAGAGUUUGGAUGAACAAGCAAAAUCAAACAUUCAGAUAUCAAUGUCAGAAAUGUAUGUUCAUCCUCCUGGUGCCAGAACCCAUUUGCACUCUGCUCCUCAACCUGUAUACAGUUAUCAUUACUCUAAUAAUGUGACUGCUCACACUGGUGAAGUAGAACCACCAGGUUUAAUUCAGUCAAUUGACAGCCAUAAGACACUGAAAAAAGACAGCACAAGUAGCUGGGACAUGCCAGAUGGACCACCGCAAGAGCUACCUGGAUACAGCCAAGGUUUGGUCAAGCGUACUGUUGGAGCAGGAAAACCUACCAUCAAAUCACCAGUAGCUAACACAUGGAAUUCAAACAGCAAUAAACUGCACAAGGAUAUAUCUCUUGGUGAACUUUGUGAACGGAAGCAAGAAAUCCUGCAUCAGUUGAAAGGUUUCAGCAGCGAAGAAAGCAAGAAUCCGUGGGAAAGAAGCCAAUCUCUAACCAAAACAGUCACCUCUCUGUGGACCAUCCCCACUGAAUCUGUCUCCAAACAGACAUCUCACACCAGUCAAGAGAAUGAGGUAUGCUACAACCCUUGGACCAGUCAAGCCCCAUUCUGUUUAGUUCGACCAGUUAAAGAGAGUAACACCAAUUACACAAUGACGUACAUCAAGGCUCACAUUCGGCAUAUGUCUGUUGAUGAACACCAGAGUAUGGUCAGAGAUAAGCCAAUGGGAACCCAUGAGUUAUCAGAGUUUAAGAAGAUGUCAAUGGAGGACCUGGAACAAACCUUGAAGAAGGUGAAGCAAGAAGAUGAGCAUGCAGGAAGUAGCCACUAUGAACGUGGACAUAAGAUUCAAUUGGAGAUGGACCGACGAGUUCAGCAGAACAAUGUAGCAUGGGGAAUCCCUACAGGAGAAUCUGCUGACAGCAAAAACAAGCAAGCUCAGUUGCACCCCUCUACAUUAAGUGGUGGUCAAAGAAAUUUGAUGGCAUACUAUCAGGCGCUGUCAUUAGGUCCUCACCAGGAUCCGCUCAUGAGCCGUCAAGGAAGUUUCCCAAUGUCCAAAUCAUCAAGGACUGCUUUCAAGUCAACUGGACCAGUCCAGGUUAGUGCUGGUCCAUCACCUGAAACCAACCCAGUGACAUUGACCCAAGAUUGCCACGUUGCACCUUCAUUCCAGUCUUCACCUAGUGAAGGCUAUCAUAUCCUUGGUCAGCCUUCAAAGGAUUCCCGUUAUGCAGUAUCUUUAUCAUUGAAGACACCUCCACAGGUUUCAGAAAGCAAACUUCCACAGCAAGGGCAAAGAGAGACUGACAUUGAGAUGCAACUUAAAAAUGAAUUAGCAGAUGUGUCCAAUGAAAUCCAGAAAAAGGUUCUGAAUAAGAAUGCUCAAGACAUUGUUCUAUUGGAACAGGCAUCUCAUGCAUUGGAUCCUCUUGCCUUCAUUUCUGGGUCUCGUAACCCAGUCAGUGUGUAUGAACCACUGAGUAAUGCAAUGAUUGCAAAGCAGCUCCAGCAACAAGAACUAGACAAAUACAAAUUCCAUCACAAGCGUGAAAAGGCUCGAGCAUCUUCAGUCAAAACCAGUCAUCAAUCAAUGGAAUGAGAGCAGCAUGGUUCCAGGAGGGAAGAACAUAACAUUAAGCCACAUACAAGUAUGCAGCAAAAUGGCUAUACAUAUGUAUACCGUAAGAACAUUUUUAUUUUUUGACCAAAGUAUGUGUGUGGAAGUGACAGUUCUUUCCUUCGUGACUUUGAUUGGACCUGUUAUCCACAUCUGGAUAGAUUAUGUUGAACUGUAAAGUGUCUAGCUUCCCAUCUGCAAGUGCAGAGACAAACUUGUAAUCUUGAAGUGAUGUCAUAGCAUAUUUUAUACCUUCGCAUCAUGCACUUCGGAGGGUUUUUAAGUAUUUGGGUCUGGUGCUUAAUUCCACACAGCCAUGUUCCAUGUAUGGGGACAGAAUGGAGUUUGAACUAACUUUCAUCCUUUUUAAAAAGCCUUUUGGCUCAGAUUUCCACUCUUUAUAGGUCAUAUUUAUUCAGAAAAUUCAACAGAUGGAGUAUAACCUACCUGUGAUCAAGUUUUUUUUCUCUUUAAAAUUUAAUCAAUUAGAGACACAACAGAACAUUUUGGUAGCAGUAACUCCAAGAAUCUGUGACACAGAAGUUUAUAUGCUUUGUCAUGGGUAACUCUUGGAGGGGUCAUAAUUUAGGGGGGGGGAGUUGAGUACCACCUUGCCCUCUCCUGCCCAUGCACAUGUGCAGGCAUUACAUACGGUGUUGCAUGGAACACUUUGUGUUGUUACAUCGACUGUAUGCCAUUUUAUUAGCGGCCUCUGGUACGUAGCAAUUGAGCAAUUUUCCCUUUGUCACAUCACAAGAUGUGACAAUUUUGGACAAUCUGCAGUCCAGUUUUAAAAAUUUAUCACAUUGUUUUGCAAAAGAGUCUUAUAAAAAUCUCGGGGUUUUGUAAUUUACUGUACUUUUGAUCAUUUUGUGAGUGAAGCCACCACCUGACAGCAAAAAUAAAACCUCAGCGACAUCCUUCUGCAUAUAACAGUUUAUCCCAUACAUAUUACUGAUAUUGACAACUUUCAGAUAUAAGCUGAACUUCCUUCUUGUCUGGUCCCCACAUCAAGCAUGGAAAUCUUUUGGUAUCAUCAGACAGUGGUAUCUUACUGCCCUUUUCUACACAGUUGUGUAUGGACCCAAAGAUGUCUCAUAUUUCCUGUCAUAAUUCAUAUUCUGCUAUCAAAAAUACAUUUAAGUUAUGCAGUGGCAGGAUUGCAGUUGAUCCAGCGAUUUUGCAGCUUUUGGGCAUCUUUUGAUAGUAAAGAAGUUUUUCAUUUGGACAUUGCUUCAUGUGGAAUAAAAGCACUUGUUCAUGUUGCCACUGCACAGGUCUACAUCAGAGCACACGGACUCAAAACCAGAGAUGUUUUUGACGUGUGCAGGGCCUCUGAGUAUCAGGAGUGGAAUGAGUCUAGAAUGUGUUUCACAGUUACCCCAGUAUAGCAUAAAAAUAGACUUGCGGGUAGUGCAAUGAUAAGUGAAAUGCAUUCAUACAUUUUAUCUCAUCACUUUCUUAUUUUCAAAUUUACCAAUUUUAAAUGCUCCUUGGCAAAUUCCAAUUUCCAACAGCAAAGUUUGAAAACAAACAUGAUUACAAUUUUAAAUAAUGAAUGUGUUCAUUUACGUUGUUGAUGUUAGUGUUAGUCCUGACUAGUACCUUUUCAUCAAUUGAGGUCAUUUUGCAUCAAGUUGAAAGUGUGAACAUUAAGAACCAUACAGCCUUACAAAUAAAGCCCCUAUAACAAAGUGUUUAUUACAUUUUCUUUUCACAACAAUGGAUUGCUACACAAAAUCAUUUUUAUAAGAAAUUUGCCGUCUGAGAUUUUGGAAGGAACUCACUCCAUGUAAAUGCAAUUUAAAUGUUCUCAAAUUAUGGUUUAGUAAGCUCUUUCCUGCUCUUUCCUGUACUUUUCGAGUACUGGUUUGGAUGGACAUGGACACUGGAUGUUAAAUACACAACAGUCAGAUUGCAGAAUAAAAUGGGGACUUCAGACAUCAACGUUUAAUGAAAAAAAAAAGAUUUUAUCACAAAAGUACUCAAGAAGUACUUGACCAAGUACUUUUUGAAUACUUUUUUCCUUAAAACUUGAGUUUUGCUGAACUGGGAGUAUGUGAACUGUUGUCCAUUGUUCUCUAGCUUUGUUCCCAUCUAAGCAAUUUAGUAUUUGGCAGUGAACUUGAUACAAAUUCUUGAUCACAACGCUGGUAUUUGGCGAUGAAAGAAGCGUAAGGCUGGUCAGAGGAAGCAUUCAUAUUGACAAACAUGAUAGUGGUUUAUAUCCAUUUGAUUCAGUAUAAAGUUUUUUAUUCUUGGCUUAGAUUUUUUUGGAGUAUGUGAAAACUGUAUGUGGAAGGCAAAGCUGUAUCUUCAAGCUCAUCAGACAUUUUUUUGAGGAAUGUUGUGAAGAAACAAAAUUGAAGUAAACAUGAGUUUGGAUGUAGAAUCAUGCAGACAACAAUAUGAUGUUGGUAUAAAUGUAAGCAGAGUUGGAAUCAAGUCAGUCACAAGUCAGCUCACGUGUCAGGUGCUAGUCAGCCCACGUCAGGUGCUAGUCAGUUUACAAAUCAAGUCAGAACUAGAGAUGAAAAAUUUGCAAAGGAAGGCCUUUGUUGUAGUUCAUUUGAAUAGCUUAUGAGUUGACUUUGGACUGAAUGACUUGUGACUGACAUCUGGUGACUUGUGAUUUUGUUACUGAAUCAAUUACAUCUGUGAAUGUAAGUCACAGUGACCAGUACAUGAAUGUGGCAUGCUGAUUUGUGCCAAUUCACUUCUUUUUUUUACUAUAGUCCACUACUGCAGCAAAGGUAGUGAUUUUCCUAUACCAAGUUUAGAGCUCAUUGCUGAUAUAAUACUGGUUCCACUUCCAUAAUUUGAAAUCCAACUGUCAGUAAAGGAACCAGGAACCAGUCUGGUGUAAUGUCACACAAGAAGUGAGGGUAACAUUGGUUUUGUAGACUGAUCAUGUGAACAAUCUAGUAUUUUGCAUGACCUGUGAAAAUAGAGAUAUAACAAAGUUUUAUUAACCGCAUGUAUAGUAGUAAGUAAAAGGUGUCUUAUUUUGCCAUUCAAGUAUGCUGGGUUGUUAUAGAUUUGAAAAUAGGUUUUUUGUAACUCAUAUUAGCUUUAGAAUCUUUGCUACACCAGAGUUGGAAUAUUUGUUUCCUGAAAUAUCAAAAUCCGUUCAACUAUUUAGGAUUUUGAGAUGAGAAAAGGAAAACAGGUGUUAUUCCAGACAACUGGUACACAAGUGACGUUUGGAUUUAUGCAAAUACCUAGGUUUUGCAGUACAUGUAGUUGUAAGAUGUACUUGUAUAUUUAUUACAGUCUUGUUUAGCUUGAGUUGGCUGUCUCCUUCUUGCUAUUUUUAUCUGAACAACAGAUAAGUUGAUAAAUUGAUAUUAAGCGAUGAUAUUAUCCGGACAUGUGGUUUUAAGCAUAAUGAUUCCGAGGUAUAUUGGGUAAGUGGCUUUGGAUUUCAGUUUGUGUAAGCAUCCUUUCAAAACUCUACAAAUUUCAGGUUGUAUAAUUUACAAGAGCCAAAGACAUUCUGCAAAUAAGAGCAAAGAAAUAUAAUUAUGCCUGUCUAUGAAAUGUGUGUCCUGAUGAACAGUGAAUGGAACCCAACCCAUGUAUUGAAAAAUAAUUACGAUUAAGAACAAGACCAAUGAAUCCUAACUGGUUGCACAAACUGACCAAAGCCCUAACCCAGACUAGAGUUGUUACACAACAUUGUCAUACUAACAAUUUGCCUUGAAGGCAUGCAGUUUCUUUGGAUUCACUGUGAUUGAUUGAUUGAUUGGAAUGUUUGCUUCCAGUCACGUCUACGAUGUGAGUUGAAACAUGUUCAUUGCGUUACCGUAGUUAAGAGUUAAGAUAUCUCUUGAAUAAUUUAAAUGUGAAUUGAUAGUUACUCAUUAUCAUAAAAGUUGGAGUUUAAAUUUAAUCCGCUGUGUCCAUUUACGACAAGUUUGAGUGAUGACUGCAGCCGACUAUUGUGCGGCUAACACCACCCAAACGACGGACUAUUUGUCGACCAUUAGCACCGCUGGUUAUCAAGAGCCCAUUUCAUUUCUCGUUAUGGAGGGAACCAUUCACAUACAAAUUUGCCUUUGUGUUUCAGUUCACCUUAUAAUCAACAGGAACUCACCGAGAUCGUUCAGAGUUGUUCAGGUUUGGGCAGGAUUAUGCAGGGUUGGAACAAGUCGAACAUAGUCUCUGCUGCUUGAUCAGUGCUUGUGCACUUAAAAAUAGAACGUCUUAUUUGGCUUCCUGCACAGUACAAACUUGGCAAAGGAAAACGUGGUUAAUCUGCCGUGAAGCCAUAGGCACAGUAUUACACCAUAAUGACUCUCACUGGAUUACUUAGGGUCAAAUCUUGUCAAGAUUAAUUGCUCUUAUUUGUUGAAGUUGUAUGAUAUUAGUGAAGUGAUUUUAGACAAAGAGUGACUGGAAGUCGGCAUUUCAUUGUAUCAGUUACACUGUGAGUCUAAAAAUUCUGUGCAUCAUAAUGUUACUUGAUAUUAACAAGCAAGGAUAUUAUGUAAAGUUGGCACGCGAAUAUAUUGCUUGGUGCCACUGGAUCAGGAGCCAAGGCCUGACUUGGCUUCGGGUUUUAUUAGUUGUAUUAUACACAACAUCGAUUCCGGAGGAUUCUGGACGAGAAUUUAUGUAGUAACUGCACCAGUGGCUUGAACUUGACGCAGGAAAAUGCAGCUACAGUGGUAGUUUAUACCAUGGAGGUACAAAAAUUAUAUUAUUUUGUAUUCCUCCAUGUUAAUACUGAUUGGUUCUUGGCAGGAGCGCAAACUCCAACGGUAUUCUUCCACACUGUUUGCAUUGACCAUUACCAAUGGGUGUAUUCGUUAUGAAUGUGCUCUAUCUGGCUUGUGUAUAAUUUCAUGUCAUACAUGGUUAUGCAAUACACAUAGUUGGAAUAUUUUCAUUGUAUACCUUUAUACGAAUAGUGUAUUAGGCUACUAGGCCUAUUGUGUGCAUUUGACUACAACUAAUAUGGAGAUGGGGUUCGUGCACGUUCAAGUCAACAAACUGCUUGGACCUGUCCAGGAUUAUUGGUUUGUUUGUUGUUUUUUGUUUUUGUUUUUUUUUUGUCUCGUCAUACUGACUGUAAUUACCGUUACCGUCGCCAGCGUCCAGGUCUGAGUUAAGGACACGGCGUCAAAUGUCUCCGCCCUUCAACCCCAACCCCUGCAUACGGAAACAGAUCACUGAUAAUGAUGGUGGUGCUGACGUUCUUUGAUUGAUCCUACAUCCCAAGUCAGGUGUCAGGUUUUCGCUGUCGGGCGAGACAUUGAUAGACUGGGACAACACUGCGCUGGUACAUCGGUACUGUCCACAUCAAAUACGCUUCAUCUUCUUUCAAUAGCCAGAGUAGUUUUUACCUUUGUAUGAAAAUCGUCAGACCCUAUCAAACUAAAAGUCACACUUACUAACUCAGACUAUAAUCUGGGGAGACACCCAAUGCUGCGGUAGUCUCGGGGACCCACGCAUUCGUCUUUAAAUGUCACCUAUGCGUUGGAAAUGGGUUCGUGUAACCAAGCAUUAACAUUCGAGGCUCCAUGGCGCUUACGAAGUUACCAGCACUACAAACUUGAUCAAGGGUAGCAGCCUGCGUAAGACCCUGUGCCUAGGGCCUAACUAUAAUAGCGCUGUGCGUUCACGCCACCGUGUAUAGGGCAAUGUGACGUCAUAUUUGUGAGACAAUAAUAUUCGUUAAUUUUUUUUUCAUACAGUAGUGCCUUUUAUUGUAGGUUUUCCCGGCCAAUUUCGGAAAAUGUGUAAAUGAGUUAGUGAUAGCAGCAUUCGUUUUCGAGCAAAAUAGAACGACCAUUCAAAUCUCCAUUGCAUUCAGUUGUAUAAAGUCAGCGUUCAAUUUCUCGAUAUUACACAUGUUAAGUGUACUGACAUUCAUUUUUGUGUGAAAUCGAAUGCACCUCUGUAAUCCUGCAUUCAUUUUAAUUUGAACUCAAUCAAUUAUCGGAUAUUGCGCGGACAAUUUCGCGCCAAAGUUAUUUAACGUAUGCCGGGUCAAGAAUUAGAAUGCGUUUGUGUGCUAACAGAAGUUACAUUCUUAGAAGUAUUUAGUUGAUUGGUUAAAUUUUUGAAUAUUCAUGAUUGAAAUAAACCAGUCAUGUUGUCGUUGAAAGCGUACCGACUAUUGUAGGAAACCUGUAAACACCGACGCUGAGGGAACCUUCCUUCCUUGUGCUGCGUUUCAAUCAUAAAAACCUUAUUUUUUACAUUAAUGUUAUUAACAAACACUCUAAAAACAUUUAUGAGCAACAUGACAUUUGUUAUUAAAGUGGUGUCAUGAUUUGUGUAAAAUUGUAUAUUCUAUAUAUAUUUUACAAUCCGAAAUCCGACGUACCUGUAACCUCGUUAAUGAAACGUAAUGCACAUUCGUUUGAACGAUACAAAACGAGGUCGAAUGCUUGUUAUUGCGAAAAUGAAACCUGGUUUAAGCCGUUUUCAAAAUCUACGCCAAAUUGAAUUUUAUUUUACAAAUUAGAUGGAGCAUUUUCCGGAAUUGGCCAGAAAAACCUAUAUUAAGCCGCCUAGAGUUUCUUGUAGUGAUCUUGCAUCCAGUGUAAAGCCAAUUCCUGUCCAUUUGUUACCAUUUUUUUACCAACCUGUUGUAGACGUCACGGGAUCCUGAAGUUAAAAGACCUGUGCUGCCUUUAGAUGCCCACCUCUGAGUGUGAGACUACAUUUAUUCACUGGUUAGUGACGGUGCAAAAUACUUGCAUUCACGGGCUGCACAUACUUUCUUUGAAUAUAUACCUGUAUGUUUUAUUCAGUCCUGGACUUUGUUGGAUUUCGUAGACGUGCACGAGCCCUGGACAUAGCACCUAUACAGCUACAAGUAUAUCUGUAGCAUUCUUCAAAUUAGUAGAUGGAAAUGUUGUAAUUAAGCAACUAUGUCAAGGUUUGAAGUUGAUAUAUUUUAUGUAGUUAUGUAUGUCAGUUUUAAAGACAUUUUCCAAGUAAACCUGGGUGUGGUAAGGUUUAAUCUCUUCGCUGCAAUAAAAGAGUUCAAUCUGUGUCCUCGUUA